AUGAAGUUCCUUCAUAUUCUCAUGGUCGCCUCGCCCAUGAUCUCGCCUGCUCUUGCCAAGCUGGGCUGCUAUACCUCAGGCGAAGGGGUUUACGACUACGCCUUAGCGUAUAGUAGCAUUCCAAGCGUCUGCGACUACCUUAUAGAAUCUACUGGCAGCGCCUUCUUCAACGAUACCCACAAGACCCGCAGUGUAUGCCGCGACUACCCGCACGGCGCGUACCCCUACAAACACUACAAAGACGAGCAGUGGUUAUACGAGGUCAUACUAGACUCUGAGUCUGAUGGACAUGGGGUCGAGCUCCUGAAAUCAGACUGUGUGACGCAGCUCCGAGAGGCGCUUAACUGCCGUUGGGGCGGCUGGAAUAAGUGGGGCCCAUGGACGUUCCGUGCGGACAUAGAGCCGACACACUGUGAUACACUAUGGACAGAAGUUUUGGGGGGGAAACCGGUGGAAAAGAAGAAGCUGGCUGAAUAUAUGAAGAUGGAAGCCGAGAAUGAGAAGAAAGAUGAGAAAGAUGAAAAAGACGACGAAAGUAGACUUAGUAAGCUUGAAGAGAUCCGGAGGAUUCAUUUGUUAGUACUUCGGAAAUUAGCUGCAGUGAUGGAGCAGGACAGGGGCGACAAAAGCAGGGACGUCAAGGUUAAGGAUAACGGCCUUGAAAUAACGUGGUCGCUAUACAUGAGAAUAUUUUACAUAUUAACUAGAGAGAUCGAGAAGGAAGAGUUGAAAGGGAACUCUAGCCUACCACGGAACACCGUCUGA